CACCGCGGGAACGUGGUAAACUAUGGCUUUGGCGUAGUAAAACUUAGGGAGAAAGUCAAACCGUCGAUGCCCGUGGUAGACAAAGAUGCCGCCGACACCGAAUACCCUAACUCGGAGGAGCAACCUUGCUGCUCCAAAGACGUCAUCGUAGCUCCCAGGCAGCUACCCAAUGACACGCAAGUGCAGCAGAAGUCAUCGGAGGUUGGCACAGAGCUACACGUAGCAUACAAAGCUCCAACAACGCCUCCAAAAACAGCAACAACAACAUGCCCGACCCUACAACAGGUGCUGGAAGAAGCCCAAAAAGGCGUUGGACCCAUCGCAUCCCCAAAGCCUGCAAAACGGCCACCACUACGUGGCAGCUCCAAAGCGGCUAUGUCCAGCCGCAAAGGCAAGGGAGAUGCAAGGACGGCCGAAGAAGCGGUCUUGCUGAAGGGCAACAGGGGGAAGAAGGUGGCUGCUCGCGGCCGAAAAGACCGCAAGUAAUGGCACCUCACCCCAAAAACCCUACAAAUCUGAGGCACAUUAAAUGCCUCCAAGUGAACCUUCACCACGCGAAAGCAGCAUCAGAUGUUUUACAUAGGAGGUUCACAAACGAAGGCUUAGGUGUAGCCUUCAUCCAGGAACCCUGGAUAUUAAGAGGUGACGUCAAAGGCCUUAAUAUAAAGGACGUUCAUUACGGCAGAUCUCGUUGCGGUAUGGGC